AUGAAGCCAGACACUGACUUGACACAACAAUAUGGAACAAAGGUCGUCGGAGGCGUCUCUCCAGGCAAAGGUGGCCAGCCACACCUAGACCUUCCAGUCUUCAACACCGUCAAAGAGGCGAUGGAGGAAGUCAAACCCGACGUCAGCGCCGUAUUUGUUCCCGCAACAUUCGCAGCUGCAGCUAUUCUCGAAGCAAUUGAAGCAGAGAUUCCUCUUGUUGUCUCUGUAGCAGAGCACGUACCCGUUCACGAUAUGCUUCGGGUUCAUGAGGUCUUGAGAACACAGUCGAAGACACGGCUGGUGGGUCCCAAUUGUCCUGGUAUCAUCGCCCCAAACCAGUGUCGCGUUGGCAUCAUGCCCUACAAGCAGUAUACUCGCGGCUGUGUUGGGAUAGUGUCCAAAUCAGGUACAUUGAGUUACGAAGCUGUCGGAUCAACUUCACGAGCUGGCCUGGGACAGAGUAUCGUUGUAGGCAUGGGAGGCGACAUGCUACCAGGCACGACCCUGGCCGAUGGACUGAAGCUCUUCUUCAACCAUGAUGAAACCAAGGGAAUCAUCGUAAUUGGAGAGAUCGGGGGUGAGGCAGAGCUCGAGGCCGCGGAGCUCAUUAGAGAGCACCGUCGCACAUUCCCUAAACCGAAGCCUGUCAUAGCGAUGGUAGCAGGACGCACAGCGCCUGAAGGAAAGGCUAUGGGACAUGCCGGUGCGAUCUGGAGAAACGGAGAUGUUACUGCGGAGGCGAAAAGUAAAGCUCUCGAAGAUGCGGGAGCUAUCAUCGUGCCGCACCCUGGUGUUAUGGGUGAAAAGAUGAAGGAGUUGCUUGGGAUGAAGGGGCGGAUUAGUAGUUGGGUCGGUGACGACCAGCGAAUCCCCGCUGUUUUAGGCAAUGAGGAGAUCUAA